AUGUGGCUGAACCCGGAGGAAGUGGCGCUGAAGAACGCGUUGAAGCUGUGGAUCACCGAGCGGAGCAAUGACUUCUUCCUGCUGCAGAGGAGGAGAGGCCGCGGGGAGCCCACCGGGAAGAUUAGCGGCCUCCUGGUGGGGGCGCUAGACACAGUGCUGGACUCCAAUGCCAGGGUGACGCCCUUCCGAAUCCUCCUCCAGAUUCCGGGCUCGCAAAUUAGUUGGAUCAUCGCAAGUGGAGCCGCCAUGGAGGAAGUGAACAAGCACUGGGAUUGGCUGGCCCACAACCUGCUGCACUCGCUGUCUGUCUUUGAGAACAAGGAGGACGUGGCUAGCUUUGUCAGAGGAAAAGUCAAGGGUCUGAUCGCCGAGGAGUCCCGAGGUCGUCAGGCGGCCCAGGAGGACGACCCUGAGAAGUUCCGCGAGGCACUGCUGAAGUUCGAACGCCACUUCGGAUUGCCGACGUCCGAGAAGCUGGUCACCUUUUACUCGUGCUGCACAUGGAAGGGGCGAGUGCCGCGCCAGGGCCUCCUCUACCUCAGUAUCAACCACAUGGCUUUCUACUCCUUUCUUUUGGGAAAGGAAGUCAAGUUUGUGAUUCCAUGGGCGGAUGUGAUUCGGCUGGAGCGGGUCUCUGGCGGCUUCAUGACCGAAGCUGUCCGGGUGAGCACCAGGCAACGGCAGAGGGACUUUUCCAUGUUUCUCAACCUGGACGAGGCUUUCGGAGUACUGGGGCAGCUGGCCGACAUCGCCUUGCGCCGGCUGCUGGACAGCGAAGGUCUGGAGUUGGACCGAGUGCUGCAGCAGCCGGCUCGCAUCACCAAGAGGAUCCUGGAGGAGCAAGCAUUGCGGGAGUACGUUCUGGCGCUUUUUCGCCUCCCUCGCAGCGAGCGACUCCACGAGGUGGCUUCGUGCUCGGUGUGGACGCCGCACGCCCGCUGCCACACGGCCGGCACGCUCUACACUACAGACAGCUACUUGGGAUUCUCCAGCCGGGAGGAGGGACAAUGCCUUCUCCUCAUACCGCUUUCAGAGGUGGUGUCCGUGGAAAAGGCGGAGAGCACGUGUGCACUUCCCAACCCAGUGAUAGUGAGCGUAAGAUCCAAGAAGGCCUUCCAAUUCAUAGAGCUGCAAGAGCGUGACGACCUGGUGGAGAGUCUGGACUGCCGGUUGCGAUCGUUGCACCUCAAACAGUCGGCGUUUCGCACCAGCAGGAGUGCGAAGAGGACUGCGAGCUGUUCCAAUCCCUACUACACCUUCUACUACGACACUGCGUGCUCGGAUGAAGAUGAGAUGGAGGAACAGGUCCUUCGGAACACCGUCAACAGUCAAGCUCUCAUGACGGCAUUUCAUCACAGCACACCAGGAAUGAACAACAAGAAUACAGAAGUGGUGAAGGAAAAGCUCUGGGAAGAUCACUUCGUCGAGUUCGGCCGCGGCGUCCACAUGUUUCGCACUGACAAGGUUCAGCGAUUGGUCGCCAUGGGUAUACCGGAGUCGCUGAGGGGCGAGCUUUGGAUGAUGCUCUCGGACGCGUCUUCCGAUCUAGACUCGCAUCCGGGCUACUACGCCGGCUUAGUGCAGACGUCCAUGGGUCAGACUAGCCUGACCACCGACGAGAUCGAGCGUGACCUCCACCGCUCCUUACCGGACCAUCCCGCAUUCCAGAACCCCACCGGCAUCGCAGCGCUCCGCCGCGUCCUCACUGCCUAUGCCCACCGCAACCCUAAGAUCGGAUACUGUCAGUCGAUGAACAUUCUGGCAUCUGUUCUGCUGCUGUACGCUAAAGAAGAAGAAGCGUUCUGGCUGCUGGUGGCCGUCUGCGAGCGGAUGCUGCCCGACUACUUCAAUCGCCGUGUGAUUGGUGCCCAAGUCGACCAAUCUGUGUUCGAGCAGCUGAUCAGUGAGCGCCUCCCUGAUCUGGCCGAUCAUUUUCCGGACCUUUCCACGCUGUCGUCUGUGUCGCUCUCCUGGUUCUUGACAGUCUUUGUCAGCGUGCUGCCCUUCCACAGUGCUGUAUGUGUCGUAGACUGCUUCUUCUUCCACGGCAUCAAGGCCAUCUUUCAGCUGGCUCUGGCCGUACUGGAGGCCAAUGCCGCCAGUCUCUGCGCCCGGGUGGACGAUGGCCAGGCACUUAUGGUUCUCGCCAGUUUUCUAGAGCAUGUUGGAAACGACCAGUCUUGUCCUGGUGAAUUCUCGCAGCCCCAUUCGGAUGGCAGUGGCAAUAACAUGCUGGACGCGACUGCUGCGGGCAGAGUCAAUAUAACACAACUUAUCAUUGAUGCCCAUGAACGGUUCGGGGACCUGACGGUGAGGAAGAUUGAGAGGCUGCGCUGUCGCCACAGAAUCCGGGUCCUGCAGGCGCAUGAGGACACCACCAAAGAAAAUGCACUACGAGUGGUGACGCCAGAAGUUUCCAUCCCUGCAGAGAUUCUGGCGGAUAUUUACGACCUCUUUAAGACAGAACAUUUCAUCAGCUUGUACUGGGGCGACAUCAGCGCGGUGGCGGCAGCGGAGGCAGCAUCCUGGCGGCGCGGCGUCUCCUACUUGGAGCGCAGAUAUCGACUGGACUUGCCGCAGUUCAAGAGCCUGUACGGUCUGCUAGCCCCGUGGCCCGCGGGUGGCUGCCGGCGCCACACUGACACACUGGCCCGCCGAACCUUCACCCUGUUGGACUCGGAGAGACGCAAUCUGCUCUCCUUCAGGGAUUUUGCCCUCUGGCUGGAUACUUUGUACUGUGGCGAGCUGAGUGACAAGGUGAAGCUUUUGUACCGUCUCCACUUGCCUCCAGUUCUGACAGACAGUGAGGUGCACUCGUCCACAAAGACGCCUGCCGUGGCAGCGACUGACAGGCCCCUUUAUAUGGGCAUGGCCUCAGAAAGGGCUGACGGGAAAGGGGAGAAGGUGAAGGACUACCAGGAACAGCUCAAGCAGAUGCUACGGGAUUUGGGGGUGGACAAAGACAAAGAUGGCAACCAGCCCACCCCACUCAUGAAACAGCACGAGUUCAUCCAGUUUUGUAAGACACUCUGCAGCUUGUUCCAUGGCGACCCAGAGGAGAAUGAGCUCUUCCAGGCCAUCGCCAAGGUGACCAGCCUGGUGCUACAGAUUGGCGAGGCCACCACCAAACCGGCGGGCCCGGAUGGGGACCGGGAAGCGCUUGUGUCCUAUGACGACUGGACCAUCAGCCUAGCACAGAUUGUGGCGUCUUUGCUAACCGAGCAGACUCUGGUCAACUUCUUGGAGAAACCUGGCGACUUGGGCAACCGUAUCGCUGCUGCUAAAGAGAAGCAGUACCAGCAGAGAGCGCCACUGCUCGCGCUGCAGCACCCCAAUCGCUAG